AGGGAGAAGAAGAAGAAGCUCCACAAUCUGUCUCUCAAAAAUCAAAACCGAAACACAAAAGCCCCCAUCUUUCUUCACUCCAUCACUUUCCAUGCCAUUUUUUAAUUUGCCCUUUCCCUCUUCUUUCAUUAAACCCUAAUCUCUAUAAACCCUAAAAUUCCAAUGGAUUUGGAUCCACCCUUCGCUCUUUCCUCCAUCUUCUCUCCCAAUUCCGAGCCCAAGGCGUCGAGUUCCCUCGCAUGGAGUUGGGUUCUCGACUCCCUAACCCUCAACAACGACUCGUCUCUGCUCGGCCACGUGCCAACGACCUCGGCUGUUUCGGAGCAAGUCCCUUUGCUUAUUGUGAACAAGGAAGCACCUGAAAGUGACCAAGUUAAGGGUGGAGCAGAGCUGUUCAAGCAUGAUCUUGGCCAAUUUGUUUUUAGGAAAAGAGCUACUGCACCGAAACAUUAUGUUGACCUACUGAAGGACACAGCUGGCAAAGGCGGUCAAAUUGUUGCAUUUUCAAAGGCAAAAACUUUGAUGACUGGAGCUGAUCAGAUAUCUCACGGAGGCGUAGAGGGUGGAAAAGCAAAGAAGAGGAAGUUAAACAUUCAGGAGGAAGAUGAGUUACAAAACCAAAUUUCACCUUCCAUGGACACUGAUAAUAGCUACAAGGUCUUGCCAGGAGAUCCUUCUGGAUCUGCGGAACAGGUCAAUGCAAAAGAACUCGAGUUACCGAACCAGAUUUCUGCAGAUCCUGAUUAUGUAUAUGACAAAGAACUUCAGCUUGUGAAACAUGUUUCUUCUACCCCGUCUGCCGAUGGUGGGAAGGAAAUCCUGCUAGAAGAUACUUGUGCAUUUUGGCAACAGUCCAAUCAGCGGAACAGUGAAGAAGUUCAGUUGCAGAAGCAUAUUGGUGUUCCUCCAUUUGCUAGCAUUAGCAAGGAAUUAUUGCAAGUACAUGGACCUGGACUUGGCCAACAGUCAUCACAUUGUAAUGGUGGACUCACAGUAUUACUAGCAGCUGCGGAGGCUGCUAACGGUGGCAAAUUAAAUUCGAAUAGUGAUAGAAUAGAAACUGGCUCAUGUUUGAAGUGUGAUGAAGGAGGCUCACUGUUAGUUUGCAGUGGAAGCGAUUGCUUGCUAGGAAUUCAUGAUAAAUGCAUCGAUUCAUCAGUUGAUUUUGAUGAAAAAGGUGAUUUCUAUUGUCCCUUAUGUUCAUACAAAAAAGCUGUUCAUGCUUAUCACAAAGCGGAACAAAAAUAUUCUCAUGCGUUGAGAGUCCUUGCAAGUUAUAUUGAUAAAGAUUGGAUGAGGCAUAGUAAAGAACUAGUAUCACGUCUUUCAAUUGAAAGAGAAUCAUGCCAAGUAAGAAUGGAUGAAAAUAUAAGGUGUCACGGUAAGAAUAAAAGACAUCAAAAGAAUUCCAAACGAGUGGAACCUAUUAUUCAUCACAGAAUUUCUGAUGUACCAGGAACCACAGAGACAUCUCAGUAUAUCAAGAGGACUGAACUUCCCAAUAGCACAGGGGCAUUACACAAUGAAAUGUCAGUUGAUGACUGUGAGUGCAUUACGGAAAGGCAACUGCAACGACAAAAUCAUGCAGUUGCAGUUCCUGAUAAUAGAAGACCGUCUUGUAAUCCCGUUCAUGUGGAUAACAAUAUUCCUCCUCUACAAGUAAUGCCUCUUACGGAAGUAAAAAGCAGAGCAGUCAAUGGUUUUCAAAGUACUGAGCUUAUCAAGCACCGCAGUGCAUCAAGUCUUAAGGACACAAGAGAAGGUUAUCAGAGUGCGAAAGGCAGGCAAAUAGCAGAAGCUAAAUCAACGUUGGAUGAAAGCUAUUUAGCACGUGAAAUGAUUAAAACAUCUGGCGUUAAAGAAAUACAGGAUAUUUCUCAAGCAAAUUUGGUUGAAACCUGUUCAGUAAUACAAAAUAAGGAAAAUCAAGAUAACUUAGAAGAGAGCAUUGAACAAAAUAUUAACAAUUUGCAUCCCAUGAAGGAAAUAUGUUCUCUUACUGCCAGGAAAUGUGCAAAGAGAAAGCUAAAAAUGCAGAUUAAUAAUAUGAUGGAUGAUGUUCUUCCUGAUAAUGUUAAUUUAACAUGUGAGAAAGACGAACGAUCCAGAAUUGUAGAAGCACAUGCUCUGUCCCAAGUCAAUACGAAAAGCUUACCUGUUCCUCCUGAUAAAAUUUCUGAAAUACAAAACCAAAAAAAGCAGGAGCAAGCUACAAAAAUUGUUGAACCAGAGACCAGCAGUUCAACUGAGAAAGCAGUGAUUGUGUCACCACAAGCCAGUGAGAGGUAUUCGCUGAGAAAAAGAUUGCAUACUGUUAGCGCACAGAACCAGCAUGCCAAAGAUUCUGGUGAUCCACCCUUUUGCGAUGAUACCAACGGUCAAAAUGAGUUCAACAACGAGCUGAACAAUAAGCGAACCAGAAAGUAUUGGACACCAGAGGAGGAAAAAGCUUUAAAGGAUGCAAUGCAAAAAAUCUCUCUGGACAAUGGAAAUAUUCCAUGGGCAAAUAUUUGGAGUAAGAUUAGACAUAAAUUUCGAGCAACUCGUCAGCCUGGUGAUCUCAAAGAUAAGUGGAGAAAUAUUUUAAUCAAAGAGGCUCGGCAACGAGAAAAAGGUUCAGGAGACUGAGUUCCCCUCACGAGUUUAUGCUGUUCACUGUAUGUUUUUUCCCACUCGUUUCGGAAGCUCAUGUGGUGCUCGCUUGAUGGCGUGAUGAUGUAAAAUUUUGUAGUAUCAUGAUGUAAAGCCAUGAGUAAUGCAGAUGUGAAGACUUAACCUUUUUGUGAAUAUUGCUUGUACACAUACGUCUGCGGGGUCGUUGCUUAAGGUUUGUACAAAAGGCAAGAAAGGCAGAUAUCGGUUGUAGUCUUUUUUCCCCCCACUUUAGAUAGAAAGCCAUGAGCAGUGCACAUAAUAGAAAGCCGUUCACAUGUUUGGUUGUAAACUGGAUGCGUGCAUGAUUAUAUCUUCAGGGUUGUUGUGAAGGGGACACCUACCCAUGUUUUCAUUCAUGGGCUUGCGAGAAACAAAACUAGCGAGAUUGCUCAGUGGUAAACUGGUAAUGGAGUAGGGUUAGGGGUAUUUA